CAGUUAAUGCCUAAUCCUGACUUUAACCUUACCACAUUGAAAUCUUAAACCUACACUUUGCUAGUUCCUCAUAAAUGAGGUUCUGCCUCAUUACGACCAGGGUUUGGUCUCCAUGUGUGUUAUGCUACAAAAUGUCAUAAAGAGGUGACAACAAUGUCAUGGCAACUUGAGUAUACAACGACACUCGUUUUUGACUCUGUGGAUAAUAAUCAGAGGUAAAAUUAGAUAUUGCCACAAAGCCAGACAUAAACCCUAAGGCUGAUUUGAGAAUAAAGUCAAACAGUCAGAAGGUGUUGAAACACUAACAAUAUCCAAUGGUUUUAUAUUUUUUAAGGACAACAGAAUUUGGAAUGUCCCCAUUGGAGAACCUGGAACCUGGCAGAGUCUGGCAAGUUCCAGUGGUCCUAUGUUGUUGUAGCUCAUCAUUUCCAUUGCCCAACAUGUUGUGUGGUCAGAGAUGAUCUUCCCUGGUUGUAACUGCUUAUUUAAAUUACUGUUGCAAGUUUGCUCCUGGAAUCCAUACUGCUCCUGCCUUUACAUUGUUCAAAUAAGUCAGAAUUUAGUCUAAUUUUCUCUACUGUUUACAUUGAACAGUAGAUGUAUGUGUAGUAUCAGACUCAGCUGGAUUAUUAAGAUGUGCAUUCCAUUCCAUUGAAAAGUAAGCAGGAACUCCUCAUUGGGGUCACGAGCAUUACCUAGGACAGUUUUACGACACAUUUAUGGGCCAGUCCUCGCCCAGUGCUGGAUAAGGCUUGUUGAAGAAACACAGAUACUUCUUAUAUUGGAGCUAAGUGGUCCCGAUGUCAAACCUGUUGUUGUUUCUCUAAUAUUUAUGAUCAUGUGUUGUAUAGGAAGAGGAUGUUAGAGAUGACCUUAAAAAAGUCCAGUGUCAGAGGGGUUGUUUACACCAUCAACUCAUCACCUAUCAUUCGUAAGAAGAAGGAAGCCUGACAAAAACGACAAUACCUAACAAAGCGUCCAGUAUAUCAUAGUAAAAGGAGCUAUCGAAAGACAGUAGUUCAGGCCCUUUUGAGUCCAAAUCCCUUGAUUUAACACAGAUUGGUGGGUUUUCUGACCUUAAGUCUAUGACUAUUACUAAACACUGAAUAUUCAGCAUAAUGACCUACUUUACACACACCUUUCUUGACUUGAAUAUGCUAAUUAGCUUGAACAUUAUUUAUAAUUCUGACCUUCUGUUUCACAACAGGAUUAAGAGCAAGGCAGGAAAAAUGCAGAGAUUUAACACUGUUGUAUGAUGAUGUCACUUAUUUCUGUCUUUGUCUUAAUGUUAGGCUGUUUUUAUACUGAUAAAUGAUCAUUUAAGCAUGGAGUCUUCAGAUGUUGCAGAGCAGCUUCUUUUUAAUCAAUCAGCAAAUCUGCCUGACAUAACUGCAGUGACUAUUUCAUAUCUUUUUUGUAUUUUUGGUGGCUCUUUGUCAGUUCUCAUAACGUUUGGAAACCUACUUGUAAUAAUGUCUAUUGCUUACUUCAGACAGCUCCACACUCCUACAAACUUCUUGAUGCUCUCUCUGGCUGUGGCUGACAUGCUAGUUGGACUUUUAGUUGUGCCGUUCAGUGUUGUGCUUUUUGUGAGCUCAUAUUGGCAUCUUGAAGAUUUACUUUGUAAAGUGCGAGGCAGUUUAGAUGCGUUACUGUGCAUUUCUUCCAUUUGGAACUUGUGCUGCAUUUCUGUUGACAGAUAUUACGCAGUGUGUCAGCCUCUGAGAUACAGAACUAAAAUAAAUGUCCAUGUCGUUUGGAUCAUGAUCAUGGUGUGCUGGACUAUUGGCACUCUAAAUGGAAUUAUUCUCUCAGUAAAGGCUCCAGAAAAAGGACACAAUAACAACAAAUGUGCUUCAAUUCAAGUUCAAACACAGAAGACAAUAGUUGUGGCAGUUGUUUUUGGUUUUGGCAUUCCAGCUGUUAUUAUAUCUUCAAUCUACCUAAAGAUUUUGACAGUAGCACAGAAACAGGCACGCAGCAUCCGGAACAAUGCAACAUCUGCUGCAACUGUCAGUAAAAUGGAGAGAAAGGCGACUAAAACUCUGGCUAUUGUGGUUGGGGUUUUUCUCAUGAGUUGGACUCCUUACUUUCUGUCCAUCAGCUUUCAUCCUUUGAGCAAUUAUACAAUACCAGUUAAUGUACUUCAAACAUUUAAGUGGCUUGGAUGGUCUAAUUCAAUGUUAAAUCCGUUUGUUUAUGCUUUUUUUUACAGCUGGUUUCGAUCAGCUUUUAGGAUGAUCAUGACAGGGAAAAUAUUCACAGAUGAUUUUUCCAAUUCUAAACUCUUUUGAUUCAUUAUUUGAUUCAUUGACUUGUACUAAUCAGGUCACAUUUCUAUAUUCAUCUAUAAGUUUGUCUGUGCUAUGUCUGUUUUUGCAACGCAGUGUAUAGAAAAUCAACAUUGUAAAGUGAUGCCUCUGUCUUCAACAGUCUGAUGGGUCAAUGAGUCUAUAAACUUAAUAUUCAUCUCUUUUACUGUUUAUGCCAUUAUUCCCAUUUUACACACACUCAAGAAGGCCAUAGAGAAACAUACAAGUAAUGCUCAAAAUUACUGAAGUGUUCCUUAUCUAAAGUAAGAAUAUAUAACUCAUAUUGCCCUCAUGAAGCAGUUUCAAAUGCACAAGAAGAUUUUAUAAAUGUUAAUACUGUGUCUGCAGUUCACUAUUUUAUGCAUAACCACAACUAUGUAUGUGUCUUCACUCUUACGUUAUCACAGCCUGAUUUGGCAAAUGCUGAUUUCUCAUCAAAGCAACUUGUAAACAUAUACAUAUACAUUAUUAUUUAUUAUCUAUACUAUCUUAUUAUAUGAAUAAAAGUUGAGUUUAUUCAUUUUUGAGAACUUGAAUUACUGAAAUAAUGUUGACGUUUGUUUUGUAUCGUUUUGCUGAGUCUUGUGAUUAAUGUGUAGCUGGGCUUUAGAUGAUAAAAGGCAGUCUCUUGAUUUUCUGUCUGGGUCCUUGGUAUGAACAUUAAAUAUUAAAGGUGACAUCGUAUGGCCCUUCAUUUUUAUGUUGCACUUCUUUUUGCGUUAAUUGUACCUCACUGUUUGUAUUUGUAUUGUAAUUGUAAUUGUACCCUGCAGAGGGUCUAGGAUAACCGGUUUAUCUUACACAUGAUGGUCACAGAGAAGCUGGAGCCCAUCCCAGCUGACAC